GCCGCAGCGCUGCACAUGUGGAGCCACAGAAACAGGAUUCAUGCUCAGCUCGGGUUCCUCUGCGGAUUAUCACUCAUUUCACAAAAGAUGGAUUUUAAACUCUGGAUCUCCGCGCUGUGCGUGACGCUCUGCGCAGCUCUGUGUGCGCCUGCCGCAGAGACGCGCUCAGCCGCACCUGCCAGUGCGCAGCGCCAUGUGCGCAACAAGCGCUGCUCCUGCGCAACGUUCCUGGACAARGAGUGCGUCUACUUCUGCCACCUGGACAUCAUCUGGGUCAACACACCUGAGCGCGUGGUCUCCUACGGACUCGGGAACGCGCCCCGGGCGAAGCGCGACCUGUCGGUCUCCACGGCAACCACGCGCGCGCCCAGAUGUCGGUGUCUGCAUGGAAAUGACAACAGCUGCGUGAACUUCUGCCUCAGGUCAGAGAUGGCGACGGGCGCACGCMUGCGCUCCCCAGGUCACGCGCGGACAGAAGACACGGGCGAACCCGACAGGUCUGAAGGCGCCAGCGCCGCCAGCCGGGUCCAGCCCGCCGUGUUCGGACCGGUCCGGCGGAUCCGCCUGAUGCUGGAGAAAUGGCCGGCGCGGCGGCGUCACCGGGCCAGACCGUGGCAGGGCGACAGCUCCGCAUCCUAAAUGGGACGCAUCCCCUCAGAGCUCAGACUGAAACACACGGCAGCAGGGCCGUAUCGGAGCUGAGCGGCGCCAGGGGCCAGGAGCGGGCCCCUGGGCUGCAGCGGUCCCCCGCAGGUGGAAAACACCUGGACCCGACUCCCACAGAGCAAACAGAGACUCAGGGAUUCCAGCCACAGUCUCACGGGAAGCAUGGAAGAGUUGCAAAACCUCAAUAUUUCUUGGUCAAAGACACAAAUCUUUGUUUUCUAUGACUCAAAAGAUGCAUCCCAUGUAGGAUGCAAGAAAUCGAGAUCCAGAGAAGAAAAUCUGAUUUUCAUCCUGAAAGCUUUUUUUCAUCUACUUGUUAUUUCUACAGCCUGAAUGAUGUUAGAAGUUUAAAUAGUUUGUAUUUUUAAGACGAAAACUGUUUAUUUGGUCAGUAAGAUUUUCAUAUUGUCUGAAAUGUAUUUAAAGUCCAAAAAAUUAUUUUUAACUAAAGUUAAGUGUUUAAAUCUAAAAUAUGCUGGAAACUGUACCACAUUUUCCUGAUCCGCUCCAUGUUUUCCUGAUCCGUUCCAUGUUUUCCUGAUCCGCUCCAUGCUUUCCCGAUCUGCUCCAUGUUUUUCCGAUCUGCUCCAUGUUUUCCUGAUCCUCUCCAUGUUUUCUCGAUCCGCUCCAUGUUUUCCUGAUCCGCUCCUGUUUUCCCAAUCCGUUCCAUGUUUUCCCGAUCCGCUCCAUGUUUUCCUGAUCCGCUCCUGUUUUCCCAAUCCGUUCCAUGUUUUUCCGAUCCGCUCCAUGUUUUCCUGAUCCGCUCCUGUUUUCCCAAUCCGUUCCAUGUUUUCCUGAUCCGCUCCAUGUUUUCCGUUUCGAGGCCGUUUUUUAUCUGGAAAACGACUCGGACUGAAAGUGGGACUCUGAAAGAAGCAUUUCAAAAUAAACGCGAGGAAGAGGAGCUGAUGAUGAUGAUGAUGAUGAUGAUGAUGAUGAUGAUGAUGAUGAUGAUGAUGAUGAUGUCGGUGAAGGUGCUCCGGUUUUCCUCGGACUCGACUGAAACCAGAACCGCUGGACUUUUUUUUCUCUUCACUCCUGUAAUUUAUGUUUUCCUCUCUGAUUUAUUUAUUAAUUCCUGCGGAGGCCAUAUUGGUCCGUCUCAUGUUUGUCGGGUUCAUUUCUGUGAAAUGGUGCCGAAUUCUGGCCAAUAAAUUUAUUUAUCACUAACA